CAAAUAAUGAAUGAUUAUAAAUGUGAUGAUUUAUUAUCGAAACCAACAGAUUUGUGUAAUUUAAAUGAUUCCGUAUUUCUUAGUCCAUCAAAUAUUAAUCAUAAAUAUAAUCAUAGCAAUUCAACAACAAUGAAACGUGCUAAUGAUGAGAAUUACAGAGCGGCAACACCAACACAAACAACUGGUACACCAAUACGUGAUUUCAAUGGACUGAAAUCAGUGAAUAAUGGUGGUGGUGGAGGCGGUGGCGUAGGUGGCGGCGGCUUCAUUGGCAACGGCGUAAUUCAUACUGGUAUGGAUUCGGUCAAUGGUUUUUCAGAUAAAUCCAUGAGCAGUAAUAUUGGACGUCAUAAUUCUAUGCGUUCAUUGGCAGCUUCGGUACGACCAACAAAUUUAUCAAGAACUACAAGU